AUGGAUGGCGAAGGAAACGUGACCGCGUGGAUGGCUGAAAAGGCUUCCGGUGACUUUGUGAGCAAGGGAAGGAAAGGUGUUAUGGAGAGCAGGAAAGGAACGAUCACUAACCCGAAGGUGGAGGAGUGGAUUGAUUUGGUCAAAGAUGCUGUGUUCAAUGCUGAGGAUGUCUUGGAUGAGAUAGAUUAUGAAGUGUCCAAACGCAAGCUGGCAGCUGAACAAGAGAGUCAAAUUAGUGUUAUUGGCAAGAAUGCUUCUCCCUCGACUACUUUAGCAAUCAAUUUGAGAAGCAAGAUACACCUUAAGGAGUUAACAUUAGAAUGGUGCACAGAUGAUGAGAAAUCACUACAUGACAAGGAUGUGCUGGAGAACUUCCAACCCCAUAAAAAUUUAAAAAAGCUGUCAAUUGGCAACUAUGGUGGUAUUGGGUUUCCAAAUUGGCUUGCAGAUCAUUCAUUGUCCAAUGUAGUGUCCCUAGAAUUGAAGAAUCGCAAAUACUGUAUAGCCUUGCCAUCACUUGGCCUCUUUCCAUCUCUCAAGUCAUUGUCAAUUACCGGGUUUCAUAGUAUAGUAGCUAUUGGUCCAGAAUUUUGUGGAAAUAGCUCUAAUGCUUCAUCCCUAGAAAUCUUGAGGUUUGGAGAUAUGAAGGGUUGGGAAGAAUGGAAAUGUGAAAUUUUGUCUCUUACUUUCCCUCAUCUUCAAGAGUUGAGCAUAAAAAAUUGUCUGAAAUUGAAAGGGGGACUUCCUCAACAGCUUCCUUCCUUAAGGAUUCUAGUAAUUUCCAAUUGUGAGAAGCUAUUGUCAUCAAUUCCAUUUGCUCCAUCUCUUGACAAAUUGGUUCUAAGAGAUUGUAGAAAUGAGUAG